AAAAAUUGCUUUUAGCUAAACAGUUUUUUUAUUUUUACUUUUUGGCCUUUAGAAUCUUGUCUUCUUCUACCGCCAACAACUUCUUUUUAACUCUUUAGGCUUUUGGUAGACUAUUUUCUCUAUAAAUCUUCUCUCAUCUGAGUUUUCUUUUCUUUUCCUUUUGGGUUUUUGAAUUUGCGUUUUGAUUUGUUCUUCUGUCGUUCCUAUUUGCUUUUGGGAUCCUUCUGUGUCAUCGAUCUUGGGUGUACUUAUUUUCUUGGUAAGUUUGUUGAUUUUGGGUGGUGGGGUUGAAAUGGAGGAGAGGUAUGAGCCAUUGAAGGAUCUUGGUUCUGGGAAUUUUGGAGUGGCAAGGCUGGUUAGAGAUAAGAAGACCAAAGAACUUGUUGCUGUCAAAUACAUAGAAAGGGGGAAAAAGAUUGAUGAGAAUGUUCAGAGAGAAAUAAUAAACCAUAGAUCCUUGAGGCAUCCAAACAUUGUCAGAUUCAAAGAGGUCUUGUUAACUCCAUCACAUUUAGCAAUUGUCAUGGAAUAUGCAGCUGGGGGUGAACUGUUUGAGAGGAUAUGCAGUGCUGGUAGAUUUAGCGAAGAUGAGGCAAGGUUUUUCUUCCAGCAGCUAAUUUCUGGAGUCAGUUACUGCCACUUCAUGCAAAUUUGUCAUCGGGAUUUGAAACUGGAAAACACGCUCUUGGAUGGAAGUCCAACACCUCGGCUUAAAAUAUGCGAUUUUGGUUACUCCAAGUCUGCUUUAUUGCAUUCGCAACCCAAAUCAACAGUUGGAACACCUGCAUACAUUGCUCCAGAGGUUUUGUCACGAAAGGAAUAUGAUGGAAAGAUUGCAGAUGUAUGGUCCUGUGGUGUCACAUUAUACGUGAUGCUGGUAGGGGCAUAUCCCUUUGAGGAUCCCGAAGAUCCAAGAAAUUUCCGCAAGACCAUUGGGAGAAUUAUGAGUGUUCAGUACUCUAUACCCGACUAUGUACGUGUUUCUGCGGACUGUAGGCAGUUACUUUCUCGUAUAUUUGUUGCCAAUCCUGCCAAGCGGAUAACAAUCCCGGAAAUAAAACAGCAUCGUUGGUUUCUGAAAAGCUUACCAAAAGAGUUAGCUGAAGUUGAGAGAACAAACUAUGCAGAAUUAGAAAACAAGCAACCAAUACAAAGCGUCGAAGAAAUAAUGCGCAUAAUACAAGAGGCGAAGUUGCCUGGUGAAGGAUCAAAGAGCAGUGGCAAAAGUACUGCUGGAACAUCUGACACUGAUGAUAUUGAAGCUGAUGUGGAAUCUGAAGUUGAUGUCAGUGGGGAUUAUGUUGGAGUUUGAGCUUUUUAGAGAUAGUUUAGAGAUGGGUUUUUGUUUCGAGUUUGUUUACAUAAUACUUCAAGAAAAAAAAAAAUUUCUGAAAUCAAAGAUGUUGAUCACAUUUGUAGAAUAGACUGUCAUAAAUAUGUGUACAAGUUACAAAGUGAUUUGAAACAGCCAAUAUCAGAGUGGGGAUUGAUUUACUGAAGUUAUAAUGCACAGAGAUUUUUAUAUGUUAUAUAAGGAAUAUGUUUCUUAAUUGUUUUGUGAAAA